AUGUCAAUUUUUAAUAUUGCCAAUGAUUACAAAAAUUGCAUUGUUUCUGAUUACAUAGAUUCUAUUGACUUCUUAACCCUUUCAUCUGAAGAUGAGUCCACAAACUGGUUGAAUAAAGUAGCAAGAAAGCAUAUCAAUUGGAUUUAUCAUCAAUCAUAUAACCAUAACAAAAAUAGUGUUUUUAUUGGGUUGUCUCUCAAAGAGUCUUUAAAACAAGUUCAGAAGUGUGUUAGAACUACAAAAUCUAUAAAAAUUGGUUGCCCAGCUGACAUAUACAAGCAUGCUAUGACUGAUGACCUGCUAUCUACAAGUGUAAAGUUUGAUAGCACUAGUGAAGUUAGAAGUACCAAGAACACUUUAUUUCAAAUUUUGUUUUUUGCUGUAAUACAAUCUGUUUCCAUGUUAAAGGUUAAUAAUCAGGGACUAUGUUGCAUGUGUAUUAUUGAACUAUCCCUGGGUGAAUAG